UAGUGGCGACGACAUCUAGCUCUUUCCGCAAUCCAUUCUACUACUGUCCGCGUUGCUUCGCGCAGUUGUACUAGUCGAGUGCUUAUUUGCAAUCGUAGGUGUUACGUAUAAGCAUAUAGGGGUACUUAGCGGACAGUGCGUGUUUAUACAUUGAUUCUUUUUAAUAAAACUUGAGCGACAAAGGAAAAACACAAACCGUUCAAAAUGUCCGGUUAUGGAAAGCGAGCUUCCCAAGCGGCCAAGCCAUAGGGACUGGCGACGCCAAGUGAAAAAACAGCGACGCAAGCGCCUACGACAGAAAGCCGCCCGGGAGCGUGAUCAGGAAGAACAACGUUUGCAGCUUGUUUUCGAGCAGAGUGAAGACUACUUACACUGGUUCAAGGAGCAGGAGCACUUGCGACAAGAGGAGGAAAAACGCGCGCGUGAGGAACACGAUAGGUUGGAAAAAGCCUGGCUCGAAGCUGAGGUGAAAGCUCAAAAGGAGUGGGCGAUUUUACAAGAACGCAAAGCCAAAGCUAGGGAAGUACAGUUGGCUCAGGAGGAAAUUAUCAGGAAAGAAUUCGAAGCCAUGCAAGAAAAUAGUCGCAAGAAGAAGGAGGCCGAGAGGCGUAGAAGGGAUGAGCAAAAGAAAUUGUUUGAACGAAUGAAGAAGGAAAUUGAUGCUUACAUCGAUGAUGGGUCUAGAACUCCUAAAGUUUUUCGCACUCUUAGCGAGACUCAGCCAGGCAAAGAAAUUUGCCCAUUUUUUACAAAAACUGGAGCCUGCAGAUAUGGAGAUAUCUGCUCUCGUAAUCACCAGAGACCUGGUCUUAGCACAGUAAUUCUUGUGCCCAACUUUUAUACUCAUUAUUCAUUAGAGAGACACUCUUAUCACUCUGAUGAUAGACUUGAGUAUGAUCAUAGGGAAACUCGGAAUCAUUUUCGUGAUUUCUAUUUUGAUGUUGUACCAGAAUUGGAGAAGUUUGGGAAAAUCAAAACUUUACAAUAUUGCAAAAAUACUGAAGCUCAUCUCAGGGGCAAUCUAUAUGUUGAAUACUAUACUGAAAGAGAGGCUGCAAGAGCUUUGCGUGGUCUCAAAGGACGAUGGUACGCUGGGAGACAACUGCAUUGCGAGUUUGUCAAUUUGAAAUCGUGGAGAGGUGCCAUCUGUGGAAUGAUGCGUUGCCCGAAAGGAAGUUCAUGCAAUUUUCUACAUGUUUUCAAGAAUCCUUCUGAAGAAUACAACGUCAAGAGUCCACCGCUGUGGCAAAAAAGACAGGAACAAUUUGAGUCAAAUUCAUCUCGAGACAGCUCUUCUCGCAGAGGCAGCAGCAGACGAUCUAAUUGGGAAGAUCGUGAUCAGGACCGUAAUUGGAGAUGGUCAGAGUCUCCAGAGCCAGAUAACAGAAGACAUGACAGAGGAAGACCGAAUCAAUACAAUAACAGACCAAUGCAGAGGAAUUUCCAACCUCGUAAUCAGUAUAAUAAUCGUGGUGGUUUUGACAACCGCCGAAAUGAUAGAAAUUUCUAUGAUAACAGACGCGGAAGAAAUUUCAAUAAUCGAUUUGAUGACAGACGCGGAAGGCAACACAACUUUAAUGACCGUUUCAAGCGUCGCUACUCAGAUUCCGACAACAAUGACGACUAUGGUUCCAAAAUGAGGCGUAGGGAGAGAAGGAGUAGGUCCCCUCGUUCUCGCUCUGGAUCUCGAUCGCGUUCCAUUUCUAGAUCACCGUCAAGGUCGCGAUCCAGGUCUCGCUCUCCUCGCUCCCGUUCCAUAUCUCGGUCAAUGUCUAGAUCAAAGUCCCGCUCUCAUUCUCCACCAUCUCGCGGCCAAACCAGAUCUAGGACUCGUUCCCGAAGCCCGAUACGUCAAGCGCCGGCUGAUGAUGGAUUUAACAACUCGAAGAGACCAAAGGAGAGGCCCAGGGAGAUGCGUCCUAUAGAACGUCCUAGUAGAUCUGCGUCGGUCGAGAGAAAACGUAGACCCCCGUCUCCGGAACACGAGCCUCGAGAACAAAGUUUCUCAAAGGAAAUGAGACCACCACCGAGUCGUCCUGCAUCGAAAUGGGAUAGCGAGAAGCGUGAAUCGAGCCCAGAAGGCCAACGCUCUCGAUCCAGAUCGAGAUCAGCAUCGCCUUACAACAAGGCCCCUGCGAAGAAAAAUAGCUCGCAGAAGUCGCAGCAGAGACAUCCUCAAGAAUAUUCAAAGCCAACAGCUAAUUCCAAGUCCAAUAGCCAGAAAGAAUAUGAGUGGGAUACGACCGAUUCAGAACACGAAUAGUUUUUAGAAUUGUAACAAGUCGGGAGUAUAGCAUAUGUGUACAGCUAAUGCGUACAUCAAUAUUUUUAAUAUUAUUGUGUACGGCUCUCAAGCUUCCGAUUGCCCAAGAUGUCAUUCAAAGAUUACGAUAACCCGAGUUUGAUUACUUGUAUUAAUUAUCUGUACCACGAGUCAAAGAUAUCUGCGUCGAUCUCUCUCGCAUACCAUCUAUUUUUUUAAACAGCAGUUCUUUUCAACUGAAACAACUAAUAGAUAUGAUCAAGUUAUUUGUAAACCAUGCGCGUUUUUUUGACGUUAACAAACCUGAUAAGUUAUCAAGUGCCUUUGCGAUAGAUUAUAUAUCAUUUGAUUUAUAAGCUGGACACGGAGUCAAUUUCCCCUCAGAUUAGCGACCAAGCUAUUGUCUAGUAUUCUAUUGUCAACCUCAGUUAUUUCGAU